AUGGGUAGCUUGAAUCCUAUCAAUUCUUUUGCUAAUUUUGAUAAAGGUAGAAUCAUGACUUUAGCAAAGUGUUACCCAGAUGAGUUUGAUGAACUACAGAUUCGAGAUUUGAGUUACCAACUCGAUACUUUCAUAUUUCAUAUGCGAAGUGGUAAUCCCAAGUUCUCCAACUUGCAAGGAAUUCGUGAUUUGGCAAAAGCAUUAGUUGAGGCAAAUCUUGUGGAUACUUAUUCACUUGUUUAUUUACUUGUGAAAUUAACUCUGAUCUUACCUGUUGCUACCGCAACUGUGGAGAGAGCAUUCUCAUCCAUGAAGCGGAUCAAAAAUGAAGUGCGAAAUAGCAUUGGUGAUCAAUAUUUGAAUGAUUGUUUAGUUUGUUACACAGAGCGUGAUGUAUUCACAAAUGUAAGUAAUGAUGUCGUCAUUGAUCAUUUUCAGAAGAUGAAACCUCGUCGAGGACAAUUGUAA